CUCCUUCUUCCACUCAUCCCCAACUGGUAUAACCAGAUUAGCAAGUCUCUCCUAAUAGGCAGCUGCUAAUCCAGCAUCCCUUACAAUCUCUCCCUGCUUCCCGUAGCCUUGCCAGGAAGGAUGCGAUUGGGUCUUCCUCAUUAGUAACAUAAGCUAUAAAAGUCUCUGCAAAAAGGAGAGGGCUGUCUGAAAGGGACAACGGUUCAUUCAAGUCUUGACUGGAGUCGGGAAACGGAGAGAAAAAGUUUGAGAGCAAGUAAAGUUGAAGAGGAAAUAGAAGAGGCUGCGAUAGCAGCUGAUCAGAGUAAAGCAAGCAAAGGUUGCUGCAAUGCUUGGUCUUGCCUCUUCCAUAUCAUGCUCCCUCUUCAUCCUGUUUUCUCUGGCCUCCAAUGCUGCCUCCAAUGAUAGCCUUGUGGUGAACACCAGCAGUGGCCCUGUCAAAGGUAAAUCUCUCAAAGCUGGCUCUGGCUCUGUGAGAGCUUAUCUUGGCAUCCCCUAUGCAAAGCCUGCCUUGGGGAAAUUGCGAUUCCAGAAGCCUCUCCCACAUCAGCCAUGGAGUCAAAUCCUCGAGGCCACCAACUUUGGCAAUGCCUGUCCUCAGUUACUUAUAGCUCCUGACGCAAAAUUGUGGAAUCCCAAUAGGCCCCUGUCAGAAGAUUGUCUCUUCCUCAACAUCUGGGUGCCCCAUCCACAGCCCUCUGAACCUAUUCCCAUUCUUGUCUGGAUACAUGGAGGGGGCUUUGUUGCAGGUACAAGUUCCCUGGAUUUGUACAAUGGGGCUUCUUUAGCUGCGACUGAGAAUGUCAUUGUGGCCUCCAUGAAUUACCGCCUGGGGGCUCUGGGCUUCAUUUACUUGCCACCAGCUGUCCCAGGAAACAUGGGUCUGUGGGACCAACACCUGGCCCUGACCUGGAUCAAGGAGAAUGCAGCUGCCUUUGGUGGAGAUCCAAAGCGGGUGACGAUUUUUGGUCACAGUGCUGGAGCAGUCUCUGUUGGCUUCCAUCUCUUUUCACCCAAAAGUGAGUCCCUAUUUGCCCAGGCUGUGCUUCAGAGUGGAACACCCAAUGCUGUCUUUUCUUGGGCAAGUCCCGAAAAGGCCAAGAAUAAAUCGCUUGAAUUUAGCCGGCUGCUGGGAUGUGGAGAAGGCAAUGAAAAUGAAAUUGUGAAUUGCCUUCAGAAAAAAGAGGCAAUGGAAUUGCCUCCAUAUGAAAAACCUUUGUUUCAGAAUAGUAAGUAUCAUCUGGAUGGUGCUUUUGCACCAACAACAGAUGGGGAAUUUUUGACUGAUGAUCCUCAGCUUGUGCAGACCAAACCAAUUCUCACUGGUGUCACCUCAGAUGAGCUGGCUUCCUUUGUGGCUUUUAUUUUUCCUGGAGUCAAUCACAGCCUAAUCACUCAGGAACAAUUUCUAAAUACAUUAAGAAGUACAGUGCGAAAUGCAACUGAAGAAGAUAUUCAGGCUGUGGCCCUGCAGUACAGUGAAGAAAGUCAUGGCCCAGCAAAGUACCGUUCAGCCUUGGUGCAAUCUUCAAGUGAUUAUUUCUUUGUAUGCCCUGCAGCUGAAUUUGCUGCCCAGGUCAGAAAAGCUGGGAGUCCUGUGUACGUUUACCUUUUUGCACAUCACACCUCUGGCACUGUCUGGCCUGAGUGGGCAAAGGCAGACCAUGGAGCUGAACUCAUUUAUCUGUUUGGAAGCUUUAAGGCAGCAUUGGAGGCCAACAAAACACAAACAGAAGCGGAUGCAGCGUUCAGCCGUAAGAUAAUGCGAUAUUGGGCAGAUUUCGCCAGAACUGGGAAUCCCACAGGAUCAGAGAAGAAAGAAGUGGAGUGGCUGCCUUUUAAUGCUGCACAGCAGAACUUCUUCCGUCUUAGCACUGAGCCAGCUGAGGUUAUACCAGUAUCGCCUACUCGACACUGUGGUCUUUUUAAAAAACAGGCUACAAAUUGAAACCAAAAUUACAAUCAAGAAGCAAACUGAAAGUAAUUGGAAGAAUGGACCUGUAUAGAGAUUAUACUUUGUUUGGAAACUCACAAUCUUCAAUAUAUAAAGGGACUGUGUAUUACACAACUCAAAGAAAAAAAACCCAUGCUUAUUUACUUUGUUGGCAUUAAAAAAAUUGAAAUGGUAUAUAUACUCAUGUUUGGUUGUACUGUCUUCUGGCAAAACAAUAUUAGAUUAUGACUGUAACUACUAUCAAGACAAUUACAGGCCUGGAUUUUACAGCUGAAUCCUUUCAUUACGUACAUAGUUUAGCAACAUCUCAAAUCAGAAACCAAUAAUUUACAAAACAAUUAUAUCAUGCUUGUGUAUUAUCAGCCGAAGCCCUGAGAUCAAUAUGUAAUUGUAGAGUGGUUAAAUCCAGCGAAAGAAAUAUGAUGUUUUAGUUGUGACUUAUGGUGACUAUAAGGUGAAACUAUUAUGUUAUUUUGUGGGGCUGAGUUCACGGUUGCCCAGUAGGUUUCCAUUGCUGAUCUGGGAAUUGAAUCAUAAGUCUCCACAUUCAUGGUUCAGUGCUCAAAUCACUAUACCAUGUUGGCUAAUGCAUUAAAUUCCAGAAAGAACUGAAAAUUUUGAAUCCCCUUUUGGAAGAAUCUUAUAUUUAAUUACAGGAAUGUGCAGAGACUUUAAUAUCAAUUAGAAAAUGAUUUGAUCUAAAAUUAGAUGGAUGAUAGAAUAUGCCCAUACAUUUUUCUGUGUAAGGGUAUUACAUAUGUUUUUCUUCUUGCGUAGUUGUUUCACUAUCUUGAACAUCAAUAAAAGCAUUUUAAAAGUU